ACCACAUCUAAAACCCACAGCUCAUCUUCUCUUCUCCUAUUCCAUACCAAAGCAUCACCACAUCGCAAUGGCCAGCAAAGUCUUCAACGUCGGCGUCGUAGGCUACGGCCUCUCCGCCAAAGUCUUCCACAUCCCCUUCAUCACCACCACCCCCUCCCUCGCUCUCCACUCCAUCGUCCAGCGCUCGCCCAAGCCCAACGACUCGGCCCCCGCCGACUACCCAAACCUCAAGCACUACACAGACUCGGCCGCCCUCAUCGCCGACCCAGACGUCGACGUCGUCGUCGUCACCACGCCGCCCGACAACCACUUCGACCUGACCAAGCGCGCGCUCGAGGCCGGCAAGCACGUCCUGACCGAGAAGCCCUUUGUGCCCAGCUCGGCCGAGGCCCAACAACUCGCCGACAUUUCCAAGAAGACGGGCAAGCUCAUCUGCGUGUACCAGAACCGCCGCUGGGACGCCGACUUCCUGCUGGCCAAGCACCUCAUCGAGGCCGGCCAGCUCGGCCGCAUCGUCGAGUUCAACACGCACUUUGACCGCUACCGCGCCGACGCGCCCACCAACUGGAAGGGCCAGCUGGGCGUCUCGCACGGCGGCAGCGCCCUCUUCGACCUGGGCACGCACCUCAUCGACCAGGCCUACGUGCUCUUCGGCCUGCCCCAGUCCGUCCGCGGCCGCCUGCUGAACCAGCGUGAGGCCCGCGCCGAGUUCGAGACGCCCGACGCCGUGUCCGCGCAGCUCUUCUACGCCUCGGGCCUGCUGGUCAACGUCGGCAUCAGCGCCCUCAGCGCCGAGACGCGCCAGCUGCGCUACUGGGUGCGCGGCACAAAGGGCAGCUUCCGCAAGUUCGACCUCGACCCGCAGGAGGACCAGCUGCGCGCCGGCGGAAAGCCCACCGAUGCCGGAUACGGCGUGGAGAGCACCGCCAACAGCAGCCUGACGGCCGUCGACGAGGCCACCGGCAAGGCCAGCGAGGUGCCCGUCCCGCAGCUCGAGCCCGAGACGUACCGCGCCUUUUACAGCCAGUUUGCCAAUGCCCUGGUCAGCGGAAAGGCCGAGGACGUUCCCGUCAAGGCGGAGCAGGCCCGCGAUGUGCUGAGGAUCAUUGAGGGUGUCUUGGAGAGCGCAAAGACUGGCAAGGAUGCUGUUCUGGCAUAGGCGGCGAGUUGAAAAAUCAGGGGACGAGGGGAGAGCAUGUGAAUGUACAUGUGUGGAUGAGGUUACGAUUUGAACAUUUUGUGGAUAAAUAUACCAGCCGUUUGCAUGGAAAGUAAAAAUAGGAGUUUUUGAAUUCAAAAGUUGAGCAAGUUGCAAAGAUGUUGAGAUUGUGUGUUGUUAUAUUCUUUGAAUGUCAUGGUUGUUGUAAAGUAUUACAUCAGAAGCCGGUUUCGAGCACACACAAACAACAUGUAAAUGAGCAAACAAAGUGUGUAAAAGAAUAGUCAUUCAAAUUAAUGAAAUCAGCAUGUUACUUGCAUAACCCAACCAAACCAAGCCCAGCCUGCGAACCAAAAGUAUAGGCUAAAACGUCAAAACCAAAAAGAAAUAGACAAAAUACACGACUAUAUGCGCCAUCGCCUUGAUGGAUAGUAUCAUUAUGCAUCUCUUUUCUAAUCCAUCCAAUGAAUGCCAAAAAAAGAAAACUCCAAAUUCAUAAAGGUCAAAUGCCUUACAUGAGCAACACAGCACACGUAACUGCCGCCAACACCGUCAUCACCGUCGCGCCGCUGGCAGAUCUCGCGCCCAUGUUGCUGUCAAUCUUGAUGGGCGUGUCCAAGAUCCUUGGUUGGUAGUCUGCCGGUGUUCCUGUUUGGAUCGUGCCGUUCCAGCAGUACUGCUGGAAGCACUUGUUGCAGGCAUCGGGCACGGGAGUCUUGGUGCGCUCGAAGCUGCGGGACAGCAUGGCGCAGCCGACGCACACUGGCCAGUUGGAGUCGCGAGUCGCAUUGCCCUGAGUGACAACGUCCCAGCCGUUGGUAAUGACGGCAUUGCGCUCAUCGUCUGCGUACGACAUCUGGAAAGUCGAAAGGUUGGACUGGAACUGGUAGGGGUAGUUGGGCAGAUAGACAAUCAGGGGCGAUGUGUCCGUCACGUUGGUCGAGUUGCAGCCGAAAAAGACGGGCUUGGUGUUGAGUCCGAGGUUGAGGAAAGUCUCUCUCCCGGGGACAUAGGGGAAUCCAGUGCCGUUUGAGAUUUUGCUGACUGCACGCUCGUACGUGGCAAUGGGAGAGGCACCAUCGGGCCAGCCGUUGGUAUCGGCCGACGAGUCGACAGAAAAGACAACGUCUACCUUGCGCUCCUGCAGCAGAUGAGGGUGGUAGGGAAUGUUCUGCAGAUCCUCACCGCCAUCCACAAGAGUCAAUCGGUUGUUGUCGGCAAAGGGGUUGGUCUUGUUGUUCCAUCCCUUGAAGGGGUUCGGCGUCCAGUCGGCAAUGUCGUUGUUGUCGUUACCGAGCCCGGUUAAAACACCAGUGAGAAUCUUGACGACGAAAUCGGGGAUGCCUUUGGGAACAAUGGAGUUUGUGCCAUUGUCGUUUUGGAGGUAGAGGAUGAUUUGGUUGAAGAGAGUGCUAGAGGUGCCCAUGAUGAAGCCGACAUUGUCGAAUCCCACAAAGCAAGAUUCGUUCUUGGGCAGCACGCCGUUGUUGAACUUGGAACCGGCGUACUUGAGCGGGAUGUAGCCAUUCAGAGUCGGGUCGGAUGAGCCCAUCUCCCAGGGGUUAAAGUCAAAGAUGGUCGAGUUGUUGGAGAUGAUGGUCUCUCCAGGCGGGCGACUAUCUGCGACUAGGAAAGGGAGAGGCGCUCUCGCGUUUUUGAAGUCAGGGUCGUCGGCAAUGGAGGAGAAGGUGUAGCCAGGGCCACCGCUGGUGACGUCGACGAGCUGGUAAGAGAGGAAGCGACCCCAGUAGUCGGUGAUGGAACGAUCGAAGCCAGCCUUGUCCUUGGCAUCGACGUCGUCAAAGACUUCAUUAUAAUAGCUUGUCAGGCUAACUGACUUGGGACC